AUAACCACUGUACUUAUGUCAUUUAUUGUGCAUAUCUAACACCGGCUUUACAUUGUACUUGAACACACUAUGGUGUAUACUGUAUACCCUCGCCUUGCACAAUGCAUAUCGUGCCACAUUCGCAACCCAUGAGCUCAAGGUAUCCAGUGACCCUCGCCAUGGAUGGCGUCAAGAUCAUCUGCGACCUGUUCGCGCCCUGCAGGUCUUCGACGGUGAAGCAUGCGUACCCAUUUCGCGAAGUACAUGCACGGAUGCGUGCCAUCGACUACAGCUCAAACAGCAUACAAAGCACGUUCGCGGCGGCGAACAAACGAAGCGGCGAGGCGCAUGCGCGAAGGACAGUGAACGGACGCAGAAGCGCGGGGAAUGCGCGAAGAGGUGAGAUGCCAGUGCAUUGUGCGGAGACAACAAGAUGGAUGCAAGAAAGUAUAGUACAACGACGAACGAGCGUCGUUCCAAGCAGGACAAACUGGGUAUGUGGCUACGGAACCACGUCCCUGCAGCGCUAUGGGACCGCGUGCGUCUUCGCCGUGGUGGGGACUAACUACGUCCUCACCACUGCAUCAUAGAGCUGAGUGCGUCCUCACCACGCCCUCACCUCGUCCGACUCACGGAAGAGCUCGCGCCAUCCUCUUGUGGCCUGUCGAGCGUCUUCGACCGUGACGCGCUGAUGUUGCCGGCGCCACCACGGCCUGUUGAGUAGAUCUGGGGAAUGGAAUCAGCACCGUCUAUCCUGAUUGCAUAUACCGUCUACGA